AUGCUCGGCUACAUUCUGACCUGGGUCAAGCACGAGGUCAACGCCGCCGAGAACACCCAGCUGGGCCCAGCGGAACACCAACACCUCAGUCUCACCCUCCCAACACCACUACACCCUCCUGUCUUCAGCUCCUGCCCAUCCAACCAAGUGCAAAUAUCCAAGGCUCCUCAGUUCUAUUUGUCAACCAAGUUCCAAAUAAUAAAAAUAAACUGA